AUGGUCAAGGCCGUCCGACACGGUGCUUUGUGCGCUUUGUGGUUGGUGAUUCUCGCGCUUCUGCUCGCUCAUGCCGAGUCAACCUGCUUGAUCGACGCAAUCCCCGAAAACGAGCGACACUACAUCAACAUCAAUGCCACCGCUCAAGGUCCGAUCCGCUUUGUGGUCUUCCUGUGGGAGUCUGCGAUUGUGCUGAGCUCGGUGGUGGAGACAUUGGUGUCCGAAGUUCUCGGCUACCAUGUCGAAAGGGAUCCACAAAUGAUCUUUUGGGCCAAUGAAGGUAUCUUCAAAUUAGCUGGUUGCCGGGAUAUGGAGUGCCAAGUGCCUCAACAAAGCGCUCACAUCAUGUUGGACACCUGGCUGUCUCCGGUGCAGCUCUUCUUCGAAGAGUUCCGAGUGAAGAACAGGCUUGUGGCGCCUGAAGACUUGGGUUCGAUGGGGUACGAAGGCAAGGAUGGACUCUAUGUGACCCGAGCUGUACGGGAAGCAGCGUUUCAGGAGGUUGGCCUUCCUCUUGAGUACUACACCAGCUACAACUUGAGCUUCCACGAACCUCAGAAGUACUUCCACAAGAUCUGGGAGGUGCCUGUAAGCAACUUGUCCAAUUGUGACGAGCCUUUCUUGAGUCAACCACUGGAAUUCUUCAUCUCCAGUACAAUGCAGAAUUAUUUGCAUUGGACAGGGGAUUCAGACGGAGUCUUGCAGCAGAAUGGUCAGUUCAUAGGGCGCUGUUCUGCUGAGCAUCCUGCCUUCUGGAUUGCGCCUGCGUGCCGGCAAAACUACUCUGAAUGUAUCCCCGUGAUCAUGGCAGGGCAAGGGGCCACAGCAUUCGCUAUGCAAUGGGCCACAGCCUAUGGAAUUCCGAUGGCCAUUAGUCACGCCACCAGCCCUGCAGAGCAACACUGGUUGGCAAACAACUUGCGGAUUCUUUUCUACCAUUACGAGCCAGAUGCCUCUGGGGUGAUACCGGAGUCAGUGAGGGUGAUUUUUCCAGAGCACAGCCGAGUGGCUUGGCAGGCUGGAGACUACCGUACAGCCUCGACAUCCAUCUACAUUGCCAAAUUGGCCAGCGCAACUCUUCGCCUUUCAGCCCCCGGGGUGGGGAAGCUUCUUCAAAAGAUGUCGAUUGAAACCUCCCAACUGAUCCCGCUGAUGACAAUGCAAAAUCGUCCCGGAGACGUACAAGACACAGUGACAGCACUGCAGGAAAACGCUUGUGAGUGGAUCAAGGCAAACCCUCAAGUGUGGAAGGAGUGGAUACCGAGUGCAACCGAGUGUGUCAGUGGCUUUGGGAUCAUGGAUGCUCAAGGUUUGCCGGUGGCAUCUCGUGCUGAGGCCACGCAGUGCCUCGUUUGCCCAGCCGGAAGAAUUUCCAAGGGCAUGUCUGAUGAGCUUGGGCCAACCUACUACUGCGAGGCAUGUGAUCGAGGCUUCCAUCAAAGCACCGCUGGCCAAACUGCUUGCUUCCCUUGCGAUCCAGGCACCUUCGCUCCUGAACCAGGUGAAGCAGUUUGCUCGCUAUGCAGAAGGGGCAGUUAUAGUAAUAUCAGUGGCGCGGUCGAGUGCUCCUCCUGCGGCGGCCUGACCUGGACAACCAGCAAGGCAGUUCUCAGCGGUGCUUCGAUGCGUUGGAUCGAACUUGAGGGAGCUGCCUCAGCAGAGUUCUGUCACUGUGUUCCGGGCCGAUACUUUUGGCAUGGAAAGUGUGAACUUUGCAGUGAGGGUGCUUCCUGCGAGGGAUCUGGCAUGUUGGAGCUUCUUCCAGGUUAUCAUUCCACUGAGCGUGAUCCAGGAGCGGUGAUGAAGUGCUUCGGAGAUUCGGCGCGCUGCCCGGGCGGAACUCCAGGAAGCUGCGCUCCUGGACGAGAUCCCACGUCCAUUUCGUGUAGCGAGUGCUUGGAGAACUUGCAGCCCAAGGGUGUCGAGUGUGUUGAAUGCAGUGGUGGAGACUACGUGCAGCUGGUCUUUGUUGGUUUGUUUGUUCUGGUUGGAACAGCCGCUUUGCACCUCUUGCUAUCGCUUGUGUAUCAGAGCAGGGGUGCGACGCAGGGCCGGCUCCUUGCUGCUGCCUUGUGCUUGAAUCAGCUCGUCACUUGCGCUCAGCUCUUUUCCGUCAUGGAACAAGUGCAAGGUAUCAACUGGACCGAUCCCUUUGCGAGCUUUCUCCAGAUCUUCCACUUCUUAUCCUUGGACACCAUCCUCGACUCCUUGAAGAGUCUCAGCUGUGUCACUCGCUUGAGUGCCGAGGUGAAUCUACUCCUGCGGACUCUCUUGGUGCCGCUCGCUUUCGUGGUGGGGCCUGUAGGUGCUUCUGGGGUGAUGAGUAUGCUUCCUUUGCUGAGAAACCUGGGUAGCCGAAUGGCUUUGAUGAAGACUUGUGGAUUCCUUGCUUUGCUCUUCUACAUCACCCUGUGCUCAACAUUUCUGGAGCCCUUCCGGUGCAAUAUGCACCCGAGUGGCGUGCAGACUUUGCAGACCAACCACGCAGUUUUCUGUAGCUUUUCUGGGACUCACCUCAACAUGUGUGUGAUUAGUGGAGUGGUGUGCCUCCUUCCACUAAGCUUCCUGGCGAUUUGCUCCUAUGUUUUGCUGGUGAUGCUUCCUCGUCGAGUUCAUCAAGCGGAUGCUGAGUUUAUCAGGGCCUUCUCCUUUUUGAUCAUGCGAUUCAAACCAGGCUUCGAGCAUUUCACCGUGAUCUUCUUGGUGAGAAAUCUCAUCUUCGUCUUGACGCCCAUUGCACCUACAGCAGCUUCCUUGUUCAUCAUGGGGAACCUGCUGAUCUUCAGUUUGGUCAUGAGCGCUUACUUCAAACCAUGGCGCUCAUUGGUAGCUUCACAACUUGACACAAUGACUACUUCCAUUUUGGUGAUCAUUUUGCUGUUGAGUGCUUUUGCAGCAGACUUGGAGGGCUCGAACGAAGGGAUCAUGAUUCUUUGUAGUUUUUGUGCCGCACUCCUGAUCACUGGAGUGCUUGUGGCAGCAGCCUACUUGGCGUUACAGCACGUCGCUUCCAAGCUCCGCAAGAAGUACGCCUUCUUUCUUUGCCACCAAAGGGGGUCCUCGUCUGGGUUUGUGCGACUGAUGAAGAUGGAGCUGACGUCUCGCGGCUUCAGUGCCUUCAUCGAUGCCGACAAUCUCACAGAUCUUUCUAGGCUCUUUUCCUUUGUGAGGAGCGACACUCAGACCUUCGUUGUAGUGGCCACACCAGGGGUUCUCCAGCGCAUGUGGUGCAUGGGAGAGCUGGCCGCAGCUCACCUGGCGUGCGUAGAAACGCUAGUGUUGCGCUUCCCUUCCUUCGAAAUGCCGGACGAUGCCUUUAUCAACAGCUACGACAGCAUUGUGCCGGAGAUCGUCGAAUUGGCCGUUUAUGGCCUGGGAUUGAGAGAAGUGCAAGAUGCUUUGAAAUGGUUAAGAAGCGUGAGACAAGUGACAGUGGAUGAAAGGUUCUCAAUGCCGCACGUGGUUGAGUUGGCCGACGCACUGAGCAACAGUUGCGCACGUCCGCCGGAUUCAGCGCGCAUGAACUCGAUGGAUUAUGCAGACUACAUUAUUCUGGCAGACCCUGGAAACUUGGAUGCCAUGGCAUCUGCCGUCGUCCUGGCCCGCUACAUGGUCAAGGUUAUGCCGGAGAGGGGCUUGUCUCCAUGUGUCUUUUCAGAGAAAGACGAUGUGUCCAAGGAGCAUCUCAACAUCGUGCUGCUGCUCACCGAGAACUGUUUCCGAUCUGAAGAAUUUGCUCGUUGGCUUCUCCAAGCGAGGAUUCCUGAUGCCAAAGUCUUGCCUGUGAUUGGAGACUCCCGUUUCCAAUUUCCCAGUGGAGCUGAGAUGAUAAGCGCUUCUAGAUCUACACAGGUGGACCAGGUGACCUUUACUCAGGUGAUAAAGGCCAUUCUGCUGGAGGUCGCUUUGCCCUUUGUUUGUGCAGAUAGCUCCCAGGUAGAUUUGAUGGUGAGGGCACGGCAGAUUUGCCGUCGACUCUAUGGAGAUUUGAGACCGUUGAGUAUCAAGAUGCUCCUUGCUGGGCCAGUACUUCGAGAAUCCGAUGCUAACCUGGACGCUGAGCUGCAGUUGGCUUCUGAAACAGUGGCCGUGGCCUUUUGA